CUGCAUUAGCAUCUUUUGACCUGCACCUGCAUGGCCAACGAACCAUCUCGCAUGACGAACGUCAUAAGCCUCAUUGCCAGGACUUUAAAUAUGCAGCCACCUUGGUCUCUCUCGGUUCUAUCACGCCGCAAAACCAAUUCCGGGUGGAUGCGAACAUGAGGCUCUCAAGAUGCUGGCUAUGGGUAGCAUUUGUGGCCACUGUCUUAUCGACCCAAGGAAUUGUCGAUUUGGUAGCUCGUCGCAUGCCUAAUCAUGUCGAUUUCUUUGAGUUCCAGCUCAUCGGAAAUAAGACUGUGCCUGCAUACUCGGCUUCCAAGGCGAAUGAUGAGUACAUGGUUUCUUCGACGACAGAUGGCAAGAUUUUAGUGGAAGGCAAUUCCCUGAGUGCACUUGCAAGCGGACUUCAUCGAUAUUUGACAGAUGUCGUGCACGUCGACAUUUGGUGGUUUAUUGGAAGUCAGCUGGAUAUUGCUAACGAGACCUUACCUAUACUAGCUACUCCUCUAAAUGGAUUUAGCAUUGUACCCUGGAGAUAUCAUUUUGAUACUGUCACAUUCUCAUACACGACAGCAUUCUGGAGCUGGGAUGACUGGGAGUUAGAACUCGACUGGCUAGCUCUUCAUGGAGUCAAUCUACCACUUGCCUGGGUAGGCUUUGAGAAGACUCUCGUCGAUGUCUAUCGAGAGAUAAGCUUGACAGACACCGAGAUCUUAUCUUAUUUCAGUGGCCCAGCUUUCCAAUCCUGGAAUCGAUUUGGAAAUAUCCAAGAAUCCUGGGGAGGUGAACUUCCUCUGGAAUGGAUCGACGACCAAUUCGAGCUUCAGAAAAACAUAACUCAACGAAUGGUCGACCUUGGGAUGACUCCCGUUCUACCAAGUUUUACUGGAUUUGUUCCAAAUGCCAUCUCGAGAGUGCUACCUGAUGCAGAGCUCGCCCAGAGUACCUCUGAAUGGAAUUCGUUUUCUGCUCCCUACUCCAAUGUGACGUUUCUCGAACCAACCGACCCGAAUUUUGCCAUGCUUCAGAAGAGCUUCAUCUCGAAACAAACAGCUGCAUAUGGAAACAUAACUCAUGUUUACACCUUGGAUCAGUUUAACGAGAACACACCUUCCUCAGGGGCCAUGGACUAUUUACGAAAUGUCUCAUAUAGCACCUGGCAGAGUCUCAAAGCAGCAGACCCAGAAGCUGUAUGGAUGAUGCAAGGCUGGCUUUUCUACUCAUUAUCUUCCUUCUGGACAGAUGACAAGAUCGAAGCCUACCUUUCAGGUGUCAAGGUCGAUUCCGACAUGAUCAUUCUCGAUCUGGUUUCGGAAACAGCGCCUCAAUGGCAAAAGACGAACUCAUACUAUGGGAAACCAUGGAUCUGGUGCCAACUGCAUGAUUUUGGAGGAAACAAUGGUCUCUAUGGGCAGGUCCAGAACAUUACAAUUAAUCCUAUUGAAGCACUUGCCAACUCCAGCAAUCUGAUCGGUUUUGGUCUGACACCGGAGGGUCAGGAAGGUAAUGAGAUUGUUUAUGAUCUGCUCCUUGAUCAAGCUUGGUCCGCGUCGCCCAUCAACACCGAAACUUACUUUGCCAAUUGGGUCUCUCGACGAUAUUCUGGAAACGGAGAGAUUCCUCCAGAGACCUACGCCGCGUGGGAAAUUCUCCGCGCUACUGUCUACAACAACACCAACAGCAGCUUUCUCGGCGUCACGAAAUCUAUCCUUGAACUAUCGCCCAAUGUCACAAACAUGCUCGAUCUCCCAGGCCAUCACGGAGCUACCUCUAAACAACUAUCCUACAACCCAGCAGACCUAGUAUCAGCCUGGGACCUCCUCUUCAACGCCUCGAAAACCAACUCUGAUCUAUGGAAUAACCCAGGUUACGCACACGACAUCACCGACGUAACACGACAAGUCCUCGCCAACAACUUCACAGACAACUACCUCUCCCUAAUCUCCACCUACACCUCUCCCAAUGCCUCAAACACCACCCUCACCUCCCUCUCCGCAAACCUAACCUCCCUCCUCACAACCCUCGACACACUUCUCUCCGCUCUCCCCGCCUUCUCCCUCUCAACCUGGCUCGCUUCCGCGCACGCCCGCACCAGCAACACAACCCUGCAAUCCUUCUAUGACUACGAAGCCCGCAACCAGAUCACGCUCUGGGGUCCUGAUGGAGAAAUAAGCGAUUACGCGUGUCGACAGUGGGGCGGUCUCGUUGGGGGGUAUUAUAAACCUCGGUGGGAGGUCUUUACGAGUUAUUUGGUGGAGACGCCGAUGGAGGCGUAUAAUGAUACGGAGCUGAAGAGAAGGUUGAGGAGUUUUGAGGAGGGGUGGCAGGUUGCUGGUGGGAAUGGGACGGUGGUUGUGAGUCAGGUUGAGCAGGGAGGGUUGGAGGCUGUUAUUGGGGGUGUGGUUGGGAGUUGGGGGGAAGUGUUUGGGUUGUGAGGGAUGAAAUAGGUAUCUCUAUCUCUAAUAUUAGAAAUCAAGAAGAAUGUGGAGAGGUCCAUCCAUUCCAUAUUCGCCGAAUCAGGAAAG